AUACUGUUUCCAUGAAGUUAACCUAAACUCAAAUCAUAAAAGGCAUUAAAUUUUGUCCAUUUCAACCAAUUCCAUGAAUGAAACUUUGAUUUCCAGAUUGACAACAAAAAUAACAAAGAAAGUAAUAACAUGAUUUCCAGAUUUUCAUGAUUGGACCUAAACGGAUUGCGUGGUACUUCUAAAUAGAAAAGUUUAGAGUUUCAAUUCAUGCCAAAAAUGAAAUCUUUCUUUAACUUUUUUUGUUGGGUACAGAUGAGUGAGAUAACUCACAACCCCAGGUUUCUUCACAGAAAAGCACGCCUAAAUUGGUGGCUGAAAUUGGAAAUUGAGCCGCCAAAAUAACUAACUGCUUCUUCUUUCUUCUUCUUCCGCUUCUUCACCCCCAAAAUCCAAAGCAUAACAGAACCACCGCCACUGCCACCAUAACAACCGCGGAGCUCUCUCCCCGAGCCCAAUCACCAAACCCAUUGCGAUUCCAGUCCCGUCUUUAAUUAACAGCCGAUCAGUUCAACACAGCGCCUCGCAUUUCAGCCACCAAUUUAGGCGUGCUUUUCUGUGAAAGAAAGCUGGGAGUUAACUCAGUCUUGAACUCAGUAGAUAAAGGUUUCAGGCUUAGUGAUACUUCAAAGAAGUUAGGGGAGAAGUUUGCUACAGGAGCUUUUGUUGUUAAGGUCAACAUUCAUUAGUGACCAAGAUCUAAGGGUUGCAGUGUGAGUGUAUCCACAAGGAAACAAAUUAGACUGCUGCUCUGGUAAUCUGGCAUAUCGCUCUUCGGUUCCUUCAUUUACUGCAAUUAGCUGGUAUUGGUCCAGCAGACAAGCCAACCAAACGGCUGACGUCAUAGCGACUUUGGCUUCCAGGUGGAUGUGUCGUCAUGAUGGGAGACCAAUCCACCUUCCUCCUUUACAAACCUGUGGUUGUUUGAUAGUUCCCACAUCAGCCCUCACGAUCCUGUUCCUUGGGGUUUUGAUGUUGUCAUGUUUCAGUUGUAGAGGGAUAAAGGACAGCAAUGUUCAAAGAGUGGAAUCCCGUCAGAUUAUCCCGGAGUGCCACAGAAGACUGAAGCAAAGGACUCUGAAAAAUAGAAGAACCACCAAGAAGGCAAGAAUGGAGGAGAAGGAAAACUGGGACCUAUCUACAAUUUUAUUAUGUGAUCAAAGUGCGUAAGCACACAUAUGUUCUUUUGGAACAUUUUUGUUGCCGAAGUGCACAAUGCUAUUUUUGUAUUUGGAGCGGACCAUGCAAUUGAAAAAGCUCCCAAAGUACCUGCUACAAUAGUAGAGGAAGUUAAUCAAGAGCAUGCUGAUGCAUUUGAUUCUAAGGAUGAAGGACUCGCAUACGAAAAAUUUCAUAUGUGAAGAUAUCUUGAUUAACAUUUUAGCAAGACUGCCUGCCAAAUCCCUCGUACGGUUUAUGUGUGUAUGCAAGUCAUGGAGUAAUUUGAUUGGCAGCUCAAGCUUUAUUACCACACAUCUCAACAGGAACAUCAAAAAUCAUGAUCAUCUCUUCCUAAUUUCUCACCACUAUUAUAGAGGCGGCCGCUCACUCAUCUCACUUUCUUCUAAUGAAACAUUUGAGCAGUGCUUGGAGUUACAACAUCCCUCGUGGACCAAAGAACGCUGUAGAGUAUAUGGUUCAAGCAAUGGUUUAGUUUGUAUUUCUGAUCAAAAAUUGAGUUCAACGAGUUCUAUAUGCAUAUGGAACCCAUCUAUUAGAAAAUCUAUAUCUCUUCCCAAGACCUGCAUCCCAGAUCAUAGCCGCUUAUUUUCAAGAAGCUAUCUGUCAUUCUGCUUUCACCCAAAUCAUAAUGAUUACAAGGUGGUAAAGAUGUUGCAUGAACGGAAAAAGCGUUCCAUGGAAGUUGAGGUGUAUAGUCUUAGCACCAACUCCUGGAAGAUGAUUGAAAUUACUCCUUGGUUUAAUUCUACAUGGAAUUUCAUAGGUCAUGAGGUUUGCAAUGGAAUAGUAUAUUGGCUGAUUUUUGAAGAUUAUUAUAGGAUUGUGUCCUUUGAUACAAGGAGCGAAAAAUUUGAUGAGUUGGUGGUUCCAGAUCCCAUACCGCCUGUUAAGGGUGAUGUCAUUAUUCAACUGUACAAGGAAACCAUAUGCCUGCUUCAAGGUCAUAAGGACGUUGAUUUAUGGGUUCUGCAAGAAGGGUCUUUUCAAAGGCUGCGUACUAUUUUUCUGCCUGAAGCAAAUAAUUUCCGACUAAUAGGCUUAUUUACAGAUAAUGGACUCUUGGUAAAAGAACAAUCAAGAUUCACUGACCUCAAGCUACAGUUGUUUGAUCUUGAAUCCAACCAGCUUAAAAGUACCGGAAUCCUUAUGUGCGAUCGUAAGCGCCAUACUUACAUAGAAAGUCUAGUUCUACUCGAUCAUUGAAAUUCAUUUUUACAUACAACUGUUGGAUUAUUAUUUAUUCAUCUUCAUGAUCUCUUCCAUUUUGUUUCUCAAUCCUUUCCUUUGCCUUGUGUUUACUUCUCAUAACCUGUUAAGUGGUGAUUUUGUCUACGCUGGCACAAAAGUUAUUCAUCAUGCCUAUUAGGUUUUGAAAUAAUGCACGUGUUGAACAGUAAU